AUUUAUUCGACUUUCAUUUUCAAAAUUAUAUUGGUAUGAGAACUGUUGAGGAGUAAAUUUUGUUGUAUCGCAUACUUUUACAAGGAACUAUAAAUCAUAAAAAUGUUUCAUUUCUUCAACAUUAUUAUGCUGGCAUCGAUGGUGAUGAAUUCAAAUCAAUUAUUGUGCAUAUCACCACUAACAGACUGUUCCAGAGAAAAUGUCUCAUUCCAUUUGUACACUUCGGAUGACAAAGAACCUCACGAGCUGAUUCUGAAUGAUCCAGAAACACUGAAACAUGCUAAAUUCAACAGAGGUGCGGAUUUUAAAUUUAUAUUUCACGGGUAUACCCAAUCAAAAGAUACUCCGAUGAUGGCACAAAUACGUCAUGAAUACUUUAAAGACGAAGAAUGGAAUAUAAUUUACAUCGAUUAUCAUCCCUUAGCCCACCAAGGUUGUUAUUACGGCAGUGCAGUUCCUAGUGCACCUCAAAUAGGCAGAUGUGCCGCAUCUCUACUAAAACAACUAUUCAAUAUAAGGUCUGAGGUAACCAUAGAUCAAUUUCAUUUCAUAGGAUUUAGCUUAGGAGCUCAAAUAUGUGCCCAAGUGUCAAAACAUCUUCGACCAUUGAGAAUACCUCGAAUCACAGGAUGCGAUCCCGCUUUUCCUGGAUUUUUUGGAGGAACGCAGGACUCGAUUGAUAUACUAAAUAAACAACAUGCGGAUUUCGUAGAUGUAAUUCACACCAAUAUGGGUGUUUCCGGAGUUUAUCUUUCAGAUGCGCAUUACGAUAUUUACGCCGAUGAUGGCACCGCACAGCCUGGAUGUUAUAAAAAUCCUGUCUGCUGCCAUGCUCGAGCAUUGCAAAUAUUUACCGAAUCAAUAAACUCAUCGGUGCAAUUCAUCGCCGUGAAAUGCUUAUCGUAUUAUCUAUGGUUUAGUGUACGCUCCUGUUCCACCGAUGGUGAAUCACGAAUAGUUGUAGGAGAACAUUGUUCACCACCCGAGAGCGACGACGAAAUGGGAAUUUAUCAAUUUAAUACUAAUUAUCAAUCUCCUUUCGCACUGGGACCUCCAACAACUUGGUAUGGUUGAACUAAUACAUUUGACCUUCUCACGUCAGAAAACAGGCAAAUGUGAGGUGAUCUCCGACGGAUAAUUUUAACCAUGCAAAUACUCUAGCAGUUUUGUAAUGAAGGUAUUCUAAACGCAAUGUUGAAGGCAUUCGUAUUUAGAUUCAUCGACUUCUCGCCAUUAUAUUCACUGCAUUGAGUCGAGAUAUGUAUUUAUCCAAAUUUAGUACCCUACGCAUAGGUACCUUUUUUGGAAUUUGUAUAUGUAUAUGAGAAUAUGGUAAGAAAAAAUGAAACAAGUUUUCCACAAAAAGGAAACCCAAGUACAAUUUUUUGGUAUUUAUUCGACUGAAAAAAAUCAUACUUCUGUUAAAAAAAAUAUAAUUGAGAAAAAUCGUGAAAUAUCUCCAAAGAAUUUAUGCAUACAUAAAUACCGUUAAAAAUUUUAAUUCAAAUAAAUAACAAAAAACGUACUUUACCUCUAUCAAGUAAACUUGUGGUUGGAAAUUUUUCAUUUCUUUUAAAUAAGUACUUAUACGAGUUAAAUUUUUCAAACAAAAAACUAUGUAUCUACCAACUUCUCUUCAACUUUCGUUUUCAAAAAAAAAAAAUUAAUUGCUUUUUUCACAUUUGAUUAUUUUUAAGUAUUUCAUCAUUCGUGAUUCAUUUAAAAUCAUUCCAAAAAGUUUAUUCAAUUAAUAGCCUAAUCUUGAAACUGUUUGCAC